UUCAUUUUCCGAAAAAGUAUCGGUAGCAUUUUUCUCAUUUUUCUAUUCGAGUAAUGUUCUGAUUAUUCUUUCCUUGAUAAUUUAGUUUCCCAAAAAAUGGAUAUUCGGAAUGAAGUGAAAAUCACCGAUAAAGAUUUCGAGAAGAAGAAAUUCGUCGUUCGCAAUGCAGCUGACAUACAGCGAGCUAAGCUGGAGAAGCUGAUGAAAAAUCCGGAAAAACCAGUCAUCAUUCCCGAAUCCCCCCGGGAACGCGAUUUCUCCAACGCCAUUCCGUCGUUCGUUCGCAAUGUGAUGGGCUCGAGUGCUGGCGCCGGAUCGGGCGAGUUCCAUGUCUACCGGCAUUUGCGACGGAAGGAAUAUGCCCGCCAAAAGCAUAUACAGGAAAAAAGCCGUGCUGAACAGAUGGACGAUGAUUUCCAGCAGAAGCUGGAGCAAAACAAACAGGAUGCGGAAGACAGAACAGCGAAAAAACGGGCCAAACGGCAAAAGAAGAAAGCGAAACAGAAGGCCAAUCGCGGAAAGAAACCCCGCAAAGAGGAACAAUCAGACAAAAGUGAGGAGAGUGAUGAGGAAGAGGAUGAAAUGCAGGAUGACGAGAAGCCCGGAAAUGAUUCUGGGUACCAGAUAGGUGAAAAAGACAAGGCAGAAAUUUCUGAUAUUGGAGAGUCAUCGAAUCAGCAAAUCCAUCAAACAGCUAGAUCAAGCGAGCAGGAUGUCAUUGAUAAAGAUGAAUGUUUAAAAGAUUCUAGUAGAGAAGAUAGUGGUGACGACGAUUCAACAAAACCUCAAAUAGAUUAAUUAUAUAAUAAACAUUAAUAAUUUGUCAUUGUAAUUUUAUUGAGUACGAUAUCUUAUUGGUUUUAGGGCAAGGAAGCGAAGUUGUAGCAAACCAAACCAAUUAGCGUUUAUCUCUUUAUCUAUUCAAUUACAUCGCCUAUUUAUUUUGAUAUUUUGUAGAAGAUAUUUUGUAUUUAGUUACUUAUAUAAUUACAUACAGCGAUUCCAUAAAAUACCGAUAUAGUAAGUCACAAGAUAUCAUAAAAAUUGGUAGUUUUGUUCCUCUUCACAAAAUA